AACAAUAGACAAAACAAACCGCUGCAGUGGUGGAUGGCUUAGCCAAAGAUCAUGUUGCUGUAGCCAGCGAGCUAUGCCAAAUUUAGCACUUUUUUGUACCAAGCUAGAUAGUUCAGACGUUCUACCUCAAGUAUACUGACGAAAUGACUCCUGUAUUUUCCAAACAAAGUUUGAUUUUCAAACAAAGUUUGAUUUUGACCACUUUCAGUCUUGUGUUGACUCGCCUAUCUUACUGUUCUAUUGCUAAAGCCAAUGUUGAUUUAAACAUACCACUAAUAGCUAACUACUUCGGGACAAAAGGCAGGUAUGAGGACGUUAACCCAUAUCUCAGAGACAACAUCCUGGCCGUUAAUAAAUCGAGACCACCUUCCUCCGAUUGCAGUGCGAUACAUCUGACAGCUAUUAUUCGGCAUGGGACGCGGUAUCCAACUACCAAAAACAUCAAGAAGAUACACCGACUGUACGACCUCGUGGUAAACGAAGCAUCAAGCACCGAGAAGUGGCUGGAACAUAUCCAAACUGAAUGGAAGAUGUGGUACACGGAGGACAUGGACGGCAAACUGGUGCAGAAGGGAAGAGACGACCACAGACACCUAGCUAUCAGGCUGGCAACCAUGUUCCCCUCACUGGUGUCGGAGGAAAACCUACGAAGUGGACGCAUUAAGUUCACCACCAGCUCCAAACACAGAUGUGUUGACAGCAUUGAAGCAUUCCAGGCCGGUUUGCUCAACCUCUGGAAGGUGAAAGAUGUUGGACAACUGCACGAGAUCGACGACGAGCUGAUGCGUUUUUUCGACAAGUGUCAGAGGUUUGUGGAGGGUGUGGAGAACAACCCGAGCGCCCUGAUGGAGGUGAAGCUGUUCAAGGCCUCCGCAGCCAUGCAGAAGGUACAGAAGAAGAUGGCCGACCGCCUGCGAGCUCCCUACAGCCUCGUCACCCCGGCUAUGGUGGAGGCAGCCUUCUUCCUCUGCUCCUAUGAGUUCGCCAUCAAGUCCCUCCACUCCCCCUGGUGUCAGCUCUUCGAUGAAGAAGAUGCCUUGGUGCUGGAGUACAAGAAUGACCUGAAGCAGUACUGGAAGAGAGGCUAUGGUCACGACAUCAACCGCAAAUCCAGCUGCACUCUCUUCCACAACCUGUUCAACCGCCUGGACCUAAUUACACAUCAGCACAGGUUGGGCCAGGUGUCGGAGGCGGUCACUGUCCAGGUGGGCCACGGCGAGACCCUCCUCCCCCUGCUCUCCCUCCUGGGCUUCUUCCGAGACGUGACCCCCCUCACGGCCGCCAACUUUCUGUCCCAGAGCGAGCGCGCUUUCCGCACCAGCCGUAUCGUCCCCUACGCCGCCAACCUGCUGUUGGUGCUGUACGAGUGUGGCGAGGGCCCGCGCCUGCAGGUCCUGCUCAACGAGAGGCCCGUGACCUUCCCCGGGAUGAAGGAACCGGCCCCGUUGUACCGGGAGGUCAGGGAGCGCUAUGGAGCCCUGCUGCAGGGCUGCGACUUCCACCGGGAGUGUGGCGUGACCCCACCCCGACACACCGAGCCCCACCACCACCCACCCAGUCACAACUCUGAACUGUGACCCGGGAUGUGAGGGGCAGCAGCACUAGGCUGAACCCAGUCUGAAUACGUUAUAUUGGUUUCCUUGAUUCAGACUGUAUCUCAUAUUCAUGGUUGCUUGACCAGUAUUGAAGACUGUUGUGCACAAGCACUUAUACCACCAUGCAUCUUAGUCUGUCGUGCCAAAAUGUGCUAAAAUUUAAUCAAAGUGUUAUAUAUAACACUCUACAACCUGUACAGGGUUAAGGGGACUAUUUUUUUUUUUUUUUAGAUAGAGGGUUUCAACCAAACAAGUUGUGGUGUACACUACAGCAAACUAUGUACUACUAUUAAGACACAAAAAGUUAUAUAACCAAAAUAUAGCCUUACAUGUCUCAGGUGUGAGAUUUGUGUUUUUACUUUGAAGAUGAAUGAGAAUCUGAGUUUAAAUCAAACCAACAUUUUCCAAACCAAGAUGGAGCUUUAUACUGGAUUGCCUUGAAUUCACAUUGAAUGUAUUUCAAGUUUUUCCCUUAAAACUGUCAAUAUUGUUUUUUAUCCAGAAGAUCAGACAAAUCACCCGAUGUGUAAACAGGUAUUCCAGCACAAGGGAUAUAUUCCACAGGAACACCAGGGUUUUAAAGGCGAAUGAAAUUGUAAUUAAUUAUAUUCUUUAAACAUUGUUGAUCAUAGACUACUAGGUAUCAUGCACUCAUUGUCAUGAUUCCGAAACGACGUGAUUAGAGGUGGAUGCUGAUCUGUUUAUUGGCUUCAGUUUUCCUGUGAAGUCUGCUGCCGUGUUGGGCAGUUUUCAGUAACUGGAUUUAUUUUCUUUUUUAAUAAACUGAUUUUCAAACUGUUAA